GAGAGUGCAAUAGAGUGCGUACAAAUUUUUGAAUAACAGUUUUUAAAAUUGUCUGUGAAAUUCCAACGAUUUUUUCGGUGCUGCGUUAGCAAUUUGCAACAAUAAUCUGGGAUUCUAAGUUCAACUCAUGACGUAGCAGGAGUGUGCACCGAAGAGCGAGCAAACUUGUUGCCAGAUUACUUAGGAGCACUCAGAAUCCAAAAUCUAAUGGAAAGUUGAAGAUUGGUUUGAGCUGAUAAUCGUAAUCGAGCUGUGAUAAUUCAGUGAAGGAUGAGGAGCACCUUGGGUCUCGUUCACACGCUCCUUUUAGUUUAUCAGCAGGGAUAUUGUCAAAGUAAGCUGUCAAAGAGCUUGCUAGAGAAUUUUAACAUGAAACAUAAUAAUUCGCCUAGAUUUGACUUUAAUCCAGAGGACACAAUUAACAUCGGCAAGGAGUUUGGCUUAGCUGAUGAUGUUGUCCCCGUUUUUAGAUUGAAAGAACACUACCAUACAGGUGCUGAACUGGAACAAGCGAGAAGUCUGGCAGGUUUGCGAGUCACAGUCAUAUCCCCGGGCAAAGUUCAAGACGAGGACCAAGAGGACGCUGACCAGGGCUUGCAGAGCAGAGGGAGGAAGAAAAAAACAAACUUUAAUAUCGGCAUUCCUAUCCCGGUGGUGAUCAGUAGAAAACGGGAGAAAGUUGUGGUCUACGAUGCCUACGGGAGGAAAAAGAAUUUGCCUCCAGGCUCGUACCAUCCCGCGUAUCCCCACGUCCCUUACCCACAAUACCCUCCGCACCCAUCUUAUGCCUAUUACAACUACCCUGGCUCGGAUAGUCAGCUCCCGGAUGGGCGAGAAUGGAUGGGCUCUCACCACCAGAAAUCAUACGUGACUACUGCUGCCGCUCUGGAUGCUUUCGAGGAGCUUCGCAAAUACCCCCCACUCACCCCAGACGGGCAUGUCAACGGAAAAAACGUCAGAAAGCUCGCUAGUCAAGGCUUGAAAACGUUGCGGAAGAUUGCAUUUUGGAGGUACGUCCACCCCAUCCAAGACCCGCAGAGACCUUACAGCCGCAGCAGUAGUGGGAGCGAAACAGAAAAUACCGACGAAGCAGAGGAUGGCAAACGUCUCCGAAGGAAGGAGAGUAGCGUUUCACCGAAGCAAGAGAAAAAAUCAUCGAGAAGAAGGAGAGAAACGCCUACCAAAAAAUAGAACUCAAAUCUUAUUAGUACGGUAUUGUUUAUAUUUUUGAAACUCAUGGAAGGUGUGUGGCUCAUAGUUUAGGAGAGGAAAGCAAUUAAAGAGAAAGAUAUAACUCUCUUCUGUGUAUUCUGCCUCUGUUUCUGCUCAUACAAUUUUCAAAAUUUAUAUCCGGUCAGAAUCGACUUUGUAAAAAUGGAUAAGAUUUUGAAAUUGAAUAUAUCUCUAAAUUACAGAAAACCCCUUCUAAAAAUUUGAUAAUUUUUCGCUUGUCCGCCAAAAUUGCUCGCCGAAAGUUUCCAAACAGGUAAGUUACUAAGGGGUCAGUUGAAAGUAAUCAUUAAGGGGCCUAAGAUUCUUUUCCGUUUCUUGGUUUCACUUGAAAACUAUGACUUUUUAGAAAAAAUUAAUUGGGUUCGAGUUCAACCAUUUUUCCUCUCAAGCUUGAUGAUUUUGGUGUAUAAUUACAUUUUUAGCCCUUCUGUGAACUUUUAUGAAAAUUAAAAAAGCUUUUAUCUGCAGAGAAAACCACAUUCAGUCCAUCAGCUAGGCCUUCAAAAAAGUUAGAGGGGAUCACAUAGACAUUUGAUUUGUUGAAUUUACAUACACUAUUUCAACAUUUGUGAAAAAAACAAAAAAAAACCUUCUGGCAAUUUCCGCGAUCUUGAUUACCUACGUACUGCAAUUAGUGUUCCAAAAAUGCAUAUGCCCCGCUUUUUAAAAACUAUUAAAUAAAGUAAAAAAACAUUUGUGGGUCACGAUUCAGAAACUAACUGGAAAAAAUAAUAAAAUGCUCUACGGCUUUAUCCCAGCAAACUUAACACUGAAACUCGAUGUUGACGGUAACGCCCGCGCCCUAGGAAUGCGACUAUUCAUGCUCAACCGCUGUCUAUGUUGCGUGCUCCUGAAUUGAAGGCGAUUUGAGUUUCGUUAUUUCACAGCGAUGCAAAGCGCGCAUCAUGGCGUUGUGUACCUAUUUCUUUGAUAAUAUAGAAUGUUGAUAUGAUACUUUCAUGGAACCAGUAAUUCAAUACAUCCCGACAUGAUUUCUGUAAAUUUUUAUUAUCAAUAUAUGUUAUCGCAAACAUAUUCAUUGGAGUUGUUUUGAAAAGUAAAAUGUAUAAUUACAGUUUCGGUUUGACCUCA